AUGCUCCCAACCACCUCCCGUGUAUUUCUCGGCGCCAUCGCGUUAUUCUCUUCGUUUCAAGCUGUCUCCGCUCAUGGUGGUGUCCUUCAAGUGACUAUCGAUGGCCAGAGCUAUAAAGGUGCCCUUCCUGGUGGUCCUCCUAUGGACACUAUGAUUCGUCAAGUCUCCCAAAAUGGUCCUGUUACCGAUCCGACUUCGAUGGACAUGUCAUGUGGUUAUUCAACAGGUCCCGCCCCCGAAGUUGCGCCCGCUAAGCCUGGCUCGAACCUUAAGAUCUUGUGGGCAAAUUCGUACACUGCCCACUGGAUUCAUUUUAUGGGCCCCAUCAUGACCUACAUGGCCCUCUGUGAAAACAACGACUGCAAAACCGAUAAGGGGACGUCCAACAAGUGGUUCAAGAUCUCAGAAUUGGGUCAGAAAAGUCCCGGAGGCGAUUGGUACAUGAAGGAUCUCUUCAAUGGGGAACCCUACAGCGUUCAAAUCCCUACCGGUCUACCAGAUGGUCAAUACCUCCUCAGAUCCGAGUUGAUCGCCCUUCACCGUGCUCAGAGUUCAGGUGGAGCUGAAUUCUACCCUUCUUGUAUGCAGUUGAGCAUAUCAGGUGGGAAAGCCUCGACCUCGGCUCUUUCGACCGUGCCGACCACCAUGUUCCCUGGGGCCUAUAAAGCUAGUGAUCCUGGUAUUCUAGUUGACGUUUAUCAAGCUGGGUUUAAUUAUGCUGGCAAGUUCCCUGGUCCUCCCCUUGCGUCUCUUUUGGGC